AUGUUCGGUAGAACUGACGGCAUUGUCGCCAUUUUCAACUUCAAAUCCAUUAAAGACCUACUGAGGUGGGCCGACGACGUUAUUUUCUUUCCCUACCCAUCCGCCAUCCUCCUCAUCGACUCUCCUAUAUUUUUACGAUGCCUUCCUAUCGGUCUGCAGUUAAUCUUUCCCCAAACGCAGACCGUCGCUCGCAAUUCUUUGCCAGUUCAGACAUACCAUAUAAUUCAGAUCUAUCUGGCGACGGGGAUUCGGGUGAAGAUGACGAGGAAGGACCAGGCGAUCUUGCGACCUGUACAAGCUUUCCUCCCCUCGCGGGCUGUUGAUAUCGGGGAAAUCACCCCUGGUGGAAGUCAACUCGCUCAAAUAACUAGCGAUGAAACUACACCUUUGCUUCAAGGAUCUUCCGCAUCUAAUCAAGUCAGUCAUUGGGGACCUGAUUCAGAUUCGUACUUUGGCGGAGAGCCAACAGAUCAGUCUUUACUACGGCGCAAGUCGUCGGUUUCCCUGAAGAGAUCAUAUAACUACGGAGGACAAAGUACCUAUGGACAGACAUUGCUUAACAGCAUCGCAAUAUUGUUGGGCAUAGGAAUGCUAUCCGAGUCCCUGGCCUUCGCAUAUGCUGGCUGGAUCGGCGGAACAGCUCUCAUUAUAUUUCUAGGCUUCUUGAAUUGCUAUACUGCUAAAAUCCUCGCUGGUAUCAUUUUGGAGGAUCCUUGUUUAAGGUCAUACGCCGACAUUGGUCGCAAGGCGUUUGGUCCGAGGUCGACUGCGUUAACCACGACUUUGUUCUGUCUUGAACUUUUUGCUGUCAGUGUCGCUUUCGUCACUUUAGCUGCCGACUCCCUGCACGAAGUCAUUCCAGCAUAUUCUGCAGACACGUUCAAAAUCUUGUCCAUAACUGGCACCACUGGUUUUCCUACCGCUGUCGAUACUCUCGUAUACCUCGAUGAUUGGGAUUUGUUCAACGCUUCUUGUUAUUUUGUCAUUUUCAUAGACGGCUUUUCCAAGCCAGAUGCUCCUGGCAGUCUGUGGAGUCCCGCUGCAACGUCAUGGGGGACAGGCUCUAUGACGGAAGUUGGUAUCGCAAUUGGCUUGUUUAUGGCUGGUUUCUCUGGUCAUGCUGUGGUACCAUCGUUGGCCCGUGACAUGGUCGAUCCUUCCCAAUUUGACAAUAUGAUCAACGGGGCUUUCGUCAUUGCCACAUUCAUCUAUGCGAUCAUUGGCUAUGCUGGGUACCUGAUGUUCGGAAGCAAUGUGAGCGAUGAGAUCAGUAAGGACCUCAUGAGCACUCCUGGUUAUAACUCCUGGAUCAACGAAAUCGUUCUGUGGUCGUUGGUGUCAACCCCUCUCACGAAAUUCCCUCUCAGCAUGCGGCCACUCAACGUCAUCCUGGAAAUGACGCUCGAUAUAGAUAAUGAUACUCCAUUUCAUGGCGGCGUCACACCCCAGCUGGGCACUAAACCUUCGACCCCCCGUCAACUUUUGAAUCGUGUAUCCUUCGUUGUCGAGCGCGUAUUCGUCGCCGCGCUGUCUAUUAUGGUGUCUAUCCUCGUUCCAGAGUUUGGUUCCCUUAUGGCUUUCCUUGGUUCGUUCUCAGCGUUCACCAUCUGCGUCAUUGGUCCUAUAUCGGCCAAAAUCGCUCUUGAUGGAAGGUGCAGUUUCGUUGAUGGUUUAUUGCUCGCAAUAGCGAUUGCGAUGGCAACUUGGGGGACGUUGGCGACGUUUUGGAGUGCGUAAAUUUUGUCUUGAAAAACGCUUACGCACACAGACGCUCCGUGAAUCCUCGUCUGUCUUGAAGAAACAGAAAUACAUAACAUGAUGGAUCUCCUUAACAGCUAUCUUCAUAUCGAUAGUCCAGAUUUUGAUCUUUUGGUGCUUUUAUUUAUUUUUGGAAUGCACCAGCGCCCAACUAUGCUCGACACUAGUACGGCAGUUAAUAGAAGUUGUCAACUUGUUAUCAGAUAGCAAUGGGCUACUAUGUCCGCACGUUAAUUGACGUCUGGUAGGUCUAGUAUCCCUGCCAGUAGCCUGAGUCGGGCUGCGAGCGCUCCUGGAAU